AUGGCCUUGCGCGGCUCCCCCACAGUCCGGACAGUGGGGUCCCUCCUGACGCGGCACUUGGCCACAAAAGCCGGGAGCGGCAGAAACUUGAAGCAAUGGUGCAAAAGCCCAGCCUCCACCAUGCAGCUGCUACAGGAGUUGAAGCUUGCCAAGCGAGCCGACUUGAUGUAUCAGCUCCUAGAAGCGCUUGGAGAGGAAGGGCGGAUACAGCUGAGUCCAGCCCACAUCACCGUCGGGAUCACAACUUGUUCUGCUGCUGGGGACUGGGUGGGGGCCCUGGCACUCUUUGCCUCCAUGCCCAAGCACGGGAUUUCUCCAGAUACGAUCAGCUACGGCGCUGCCCUCAGCUCUUGCGAGAAGGGCAGUCAGUGGCAAGUGGCCAUCGAGUUGUUUGCUGAAAUGCAUCAGCAAGGUAUCUCCCCCAAUGUUAUUAGUUACAGUUCUGCGAUCAGCGCUUGUGAGAAGGGCAUGCAGUGGCCUCUGGCACUGCACCUCUUCCAGUCCAUGCCAAAGGCACACGUCGACGCAAACGUUAUCAGCUACAGUGCGACGAUGAGCUCCUGCGAAAAGGGUGCUCAAUGGCAGCUAGCUGUGCACCUCCUGCACAGUAUGCCACGGGGUAGGGUUCGUCCCACGGUGGUCAGCUACAGCGCCGCGAUCAGUUCCUGUGAAAAGGGUGGGCAAUGGCAAACGGCGAUGCAGCUGUUCUACACGAUGUUGGACAGCCACAUCUACCCGGACGUCAUCGCAUGCAGUGCUGUGAUCAGUGCCUGCGAGAAAGAUGGGCAGUGGCAACAGGCCGUCAAGCUUCUCACCACCAUGCCAGCACUGAAGAUCGAACCCAACAUCGUUAGCUACAGUUUGACCAUCAGUUCUUGCGGGAAGGGAGCACAGUGGCAGCUUGCUGUGCAUCUUCUUGGCAGCAUGGCCAAAUCCGGCAUCGGCGCUCACAUCAUCAGCCACAAUGCGGCAAUCAGCGCUUGCGACAAAGAUGGCUGCUGGCAGCUGGCUUUGGCCUUGUUUCGGGAGAUUCCCAAGCUCCACCUGCUUCCCAACGUUUUCAGCUAUGCGGCCGCAAUCCAUGCCUGCUCUGCAAGUGGUCAAUGGCAAGAAGCUCUACAGCUCUUCGCAGACAUGCAACAGAUGCAGGUGAUCCCCAAUCAGCGGAGCUACAACAGCACCCUCAGUGCCUGUGAGAUGGGUGCACAGUGGCAGCAGGCGGUGCACCUACUGCACAUGCUGCCUCUUGCUGCUUUGAUGCCUCUUAGGCGUUCCAGGGUUGAGGGUUGA